AAAAAAAAAAAAAAAAAAACAAAAUGUUAGUUUCUAACAUGAAAUCAAUAUGGUUAUUAACCAUCCUUGUAAUAAUAUCUCUAUGCUAUUACAAAAAUGUGAAUGGAGAAGAUUGUGAAAAUGAUAUUCUUAGCAUGAAUAUUGAGUGUUUGAUUUACAUGAACAAAGAUUUGCAAGAACCAAUACCUCCUAAUGAUCGAUGUUGUGAUAUAAUUAAAACUGCUAAUUUUCCAUGCGUUUGCAAGAAUGGUCUCAGUCGAAAAUUGCCUCUUGAUCCUUCAAAGACAUAUGCGGAUUUAAUUAGUUGGGACAAUGUGAUGUACUGUUUUGAUAAUGUGGCAAACCUCUUCCUCAUGGCUUUCAGUGUGAUAGAUUCACUGUUCCGCCAAUGCCCUCCUACCAAUUGAAUAAGAGUUGAAGAUUUUUUGUAAUGUAGGGACUCCAAGCAAUAAUAUUGGAAUGAUUUCAUAAGUUUCUUUAGUAGAAAUGUUGAUUAGAAAUUACUGCUUCAUAGCGUAACAUGUACUCUAAAUAAUAAAUAAUAUGUCCUAUUGUUUGGUUUGAAUCCAUUUAA